UCGGUUCGGAACAUCAGACAGUUCAAAUAGAGAGAAUAAAACGUUAUAACUCAUAGCUUUCGUAUCUUCUAAAUGCAGACUCUCAAGCUAAAAUUGGUGAAAUCUUGGCGUGAAUUAAAGAUCUGUAAAACAAUGGUCAUUAAGUCCUUGGAACGUAUUUUGAAGCUGUAAAAUAUGUAAUAGUUAAACAUGGCAUAUCCAUUGGACGCUCAGAUCAAACCGAUACAGAAGUUGUCGAAGAAUUCCAACCCAUACCACAUAAAGCGGCCGAUGAACGCAUUCAUGGUCUGGUCGAGGUUGCAAAGAAAGAAAAUAUCGAUGAUGAACCCGAAGCUUCACAAUUCAGAAAUAUCAAAGCGUCUGGGUUUGGAAUGGAAGAGUCUAGACGAAGCAGAGAAACGGCCAUACAUAGAUGAAGCUAAGCGUUUAAGGCUAAAGCACAUGCACGAUUAUCCAGAUUAUAAAUAUCGGCCGAGACGGAAGAACCGUCUGGAGACUACGUACAGCACGACAAUCUACUCACGAGAUUCCUUCGUUGAGAUGGAACCGAGAUCUGAUUACCAGAUGCCAAUAAGCUAUUCAGAUCCUCAAUACAUGUACAAUAACAUGAUCUAUUCGCCGAUCAGUCAGCCUUCUUUCGUGCCAGUGAGGAAGGAAGAAAUACCCAUAGAUGUACGACCUCUGCCGUCCAUUGAGAGCAUUUCUCCAAGGCCCUUUGCGGUGGUGAACCAGCAGAUGAUGGUGAAGGCGUACCAGAAUCUGCAUUAUGUGCCUGAUGAAGUGGCUAGGAUUUCGUAUUAUCCAUUUAGUGUUCAAUAGAUUUAGUAUGGUAUAUAGUCUUUAGAUUUGGUCUAAGAUCAGAAAAUGGACGUUUUUUAAAGACUCUUUUCGAUGAAACAUACUUUUGAUAAAUCUGCAUUAUAAUUUGUAGGAAAUAGAGAUUGGAGAUUAUAUUUAUAUACGUAUUGAUUAGUUCUGUGAUCUUGUAAAACUAGAUUCUUCCUUAUUUAUUCGCGUAGAAAUAGGUUUUUAUAAUGUUAGG